ACCACUAAAGCGGUAUGAAAAUAGUUUCAAGUUUAAUUCUGAUUUUCGGUUUGAGUUUCUUUGGAAGAGUGGUGGUAGCUUCCAAUUUUAUUGAGGUUGCGAGGAAUUCCAAUGCAAGCGAUGAGGAAUUGUCAACUGCUUCUGAAGAUUUAGCCCAAAAAUAUGCCGAGGAAUAUCUGCGCUUCGUUGAAACCGGCAAAGAAUCAAAAGAUUUAAUCGACUUGACAGCCCAGCUUAGAGAAACUCAAGGAAAGGAAUGUCUAUUUCGUAAUCUUCCCCAACAAUUGGAUGAGGCACAGGAGUUUUUCACCUGUACUACAUGUCGGAUAGCUGUACACAUCAUAGUUUGGGUAUUACGUACCGCUGUUAGCAAUGAACAAGCUGCCGAACUGGCCAAAAAGGCCUUCAUCUAUUUUUGUUCAAGUGUACAAAUUCAAACAGCUCCAGUUUGCGAGGGUCUAUUUAAUUUAAAUUGGCCUAUUCUAUAUUUUAUACUGAUGAAUUCCAACAUAAGUCCAAAGACAAUCUGUGGUUUCCUACCGAUACAAUUUUGCCGCUUCGAACAGCCUGGAUUUAAUUGGAUUCUAAAUAUUGAUAACAGCAAAUGGCCUUUGCUGGCGCCCAAGGCGGAUGUGCCCCGAAAGACUCCUUUUGAUUUGAAUAUUUUACAUUUAACGGAUAUACAUAACGAUCCGGAAUAUAUGGCCGGUUCGUGGGCCGAUUGCAAAGAGCCGAUGUGUUGUCGUGCCUCUUCGACUGUAGCAGGUAAAGAGUCAAAUCAAUCAAGGGCUGGGUAUUGGGGUGACUAUCGUAAUUGUGAUGUACCUUUGUAUAUGGUAGAGAAUGCCUUGGAACACAUAAGGAGUGAAAAUGGAAGAAUUGAUUAUAUCUAUUAUACCGGAGACAUAAUGCCGCAUAAUAUAUGGUCCACCACCAGGGAUGGAAAUUUGGAGUUGAUAAGCCAAAUAUAUGGACUUUUGGAGAGAAGAUUCCCUGGAAUUCCAGUGUAUCCAUGUGUGGGAAAUCAUGAAAUGCAUCCAGUUAAUACAUUUGGCCAUGAAAACGUGCCAAGCGAAUUCCAUCCAUUUUGGCUGUAUGAACAUUUGUGGUCAACAUGGCAGAGAUGGCUACCGGCAGACACCAAAGAGACCAUUAUCAAAGGUGGUUAUUACACCGUCUCCCCGCGACCUGGUUUUCGUAUAAUUUCCCUAAACAAUAUUGAUUGUUAUCUCCUCAAUUGGUGGAUAUACUAUGAUGGUGGCAAUCACACAAGCAUUCCACAGUUGAAUUGGUUACAUGAUACCCUUUUGAAGGCUGAGGAAGCAGGCGAAUUUGUUCAUAUACUAAUGCAUAUACCAUCGGGAGAUUCUCAGUGCUGGACGGUGUGGGCCAGGGAAUAUAAUCGUGUUGUUGAACGUUUCAGUCACACAAUUGGUGGUAUCUUCAAUGGUCAUACCCAUCAUGAUGAAUUUGAAGUACAUUAUUCGUCGAAGGGUUAUCCCAUGGCCAUCUCAUGGAACGGUGGAAGUUUGACGGCAUAUACAAUGAAAAAUCCAAAUUAUAGGAUAUAUGAAGUGGAACCAAAGACAUAUCAAGUUGUUGAUCAUUCCACCUGGAUAUUCAAUUUGACCGAAGCCAACGCAUAUGGCGACCAACGUUCUCCCCAAUGGUUUAGGGAAUAUCAAUUUUCUGAAUUCACUGAAAAUUUAAGUCCAGCUGGAAUAGAUGCUUUACUCGACAAAAUGGCAACAAAUCCAGAGAUCCUACGUCAGUAUUGGAAAUAUAAAACGUUGUCCUCAGAUCCCCUUUUAGAUAUGGGAUGUAAUAAUACCUGCCUCUUGAAUACCAUUUGUAAUCUGGCAACAUCAGUUUACAAUCAAAAGGAACGUUGCAAAGAACUGCAAGCAAAAUUAAAAACGGCGUUGAGUUCGGAAUAA